ACGAUGGGCGUGGCCGCAAAGCCGGGCCCUCAGAUCGAGGCUGCCUCCCCCUCUCAGCCGGCAGCACAUUCCGCCGCCGUUGCCGCCGCCGGCCCCGCAGUCGUCUUCGCCAGAGCUGCUGUGGUACCCGGGCUCAGGGCAGGCGAGGGCAGCCAAGGAGCGGAGGCCGGGGAGGCCGGGCGAGAGGAAGGGAGCGGACGGGCGGGCGGCGCAGGCGGCGGCCGGCUUCCUGGGAGCGUCGGUGCGGCGCGGUGGUUGGGGCGGAUCCCGCGGGGCCCGGGCGGGGGGGGAGAGUCGCCGGCCCGGCCAUGGCGGACAACGAGAAAUUGGACAACCAACGGCUCAAGAAUUUUAAGAACAAAGGCCGCGACUUGGAGACUAUGAGAAGACAACGAAAUGAAGUUGUAGUUGAAUUAAGAAAGAAUAAAAGAGAUGAACAUCUCUUAAAGAGAAGGAAUGUACCACAAGAAGAUAUCUGUGAAGACUCUGAUAUAGACGGUGAUUAUAGAGUGCAAAAUACCUCUCUAGAAGCUAUUGUUCAAAAUGCUUCAAGUGAUAACCAAGGAAUUCAAUUAAGUGCAGUUCAAGCUGCUAGGAAGCUUUUAUCCAGUGAUCGAAAUCCACCAAUUGAUGACUUAAUAAAAUCUGGAAUAUUGCCUAUUUUAGUUCAUUGUCUUGAAAGAGAUGACAAUCCUUCUUUACAGUUUGAAGCUGCAUGGGCUUUGACAAACAUUGCAUCUGGAACGUCUGAACAGACGCAAGCAGUGGUUCAGUCCAAUGCUGUCCCACUUUUCCUGAGGCUUCUGCAUUCACCCCAUCAGAAUGUCUGUGAACAGGCAGUGUGGGCAUUGGGAAAUAUUAUAGGUGAUGGACCUCAGUGUAGAGAUUAUGUGAUAAGCCUUGGAGUUGUAAAACCUCUGCUUUCAUUCAUAAGUCCAUCUAUUCCUAUAACAUUCUUAAGAAAUGUUACCUGGGUCAUGGUCAACUUAUGUCGCCACAAGGACCCACCACCACCAAUGGAGACAAUUCAGGAGAUUCUUCCAGCUCUUUGUGUAUUAAUUCAUCACACAGAUGUAAAUAUACUGGUAGAUACUGUCUGGGCCCUAUCUUACCUUACGGAUGCUGGCAAUGAGCAGAUACAGAUGGUAAUAGACUCUGGAAUAGUUCCUCAUUUGGUUCCGCUACUCAGCCACCAGGAAGUUAAAGUUCAGACUGCUGCACUGCGAGCUGUGGGCAACAUUGUCACUGGAACUGAUGAGCAAACACAAGUAGUUUUAAACUGUGAUGCUCUCUCACACUUCCCAGCACUCCUCACUCAUCCCAAAGAGAAAAUUAAUAAGGAAGCAGUGUGGUUCCUCUCCAACAUCACCGCAGGAAAUCAACAGCAGGUUCAGGCAGUAAUUGAUGCCAAUCUUGUACCAAUGAUAAUACACCUUUUGGAUAAGGGAGAUUUUGGCACUCAGAAAGAAGCUGCUUGGGCCAUAAGUAACUUAACAAUUAGUGGGAGGAAAGACCAAGUCGCCUAUCUCAUCCAACAAAAUGUUAUUCCACCUUUUUGCAAUUUGCUGACUGUAAAAGAUGCACAAGUCGUGCAAGUAGUGCUUGAUGGACUAAGUAAUAUAUUAAAAAUGGCUGAAGAUCAAGCGGAAACCAUAGCCAAUCUCAUAGAAGAAUGUGGUGAAAUGUACAACAAAAUGGGAUACCUAAUCCAUCCUGGAAGAAGCAGGAAGUGGCACCUGAGCUGGAUUGUGAGAGAUGAAUAAGGAUUAAUAAAGUAAAAAGGGAUGAAAGGUGUUCCAGGCAGAGAUAACAACAUGAGCAAAGUCUGAGGUGAGAAUUAGCAUUCAGCAAAUUAUAAAUAAUUCAGUAUUGCUGAAUCACAGAAUAUGGGAUGGCAACUGCCUUGAGUUGAAGCUUGAAAAGCAGCCAGUGAUGAGAUGUUGGGAAGUCAGGAGUUUUCUUGAACAGCACAUACUUAUUUAUUCUAUAGGACAAUAGUUACCAAAUCUUGCUUUGGUCCAGAACCACCUAGAAUGUGAACAACACAGUACUUUUUAACUCUUAAAGUUAAUCUUUAGGCCAAAAAAUUGUGCCAGUUGUGGAUGUGGAACAAAAUGUAAAUGUCCACCUGAAUAAGCCUAGAGUAAGAGAACCUAUAAAAACUUAAGUGAGAAGCCUAGGUUUGGAAGACUGUUGCAAUAAGGAAUAGGUAUUAGGACACUGGCAUACAGCUCUGUAAGCACUGUACAAUGCUUAUUAAAGUAUGUUUGAAGCCCCAGUAUGUCUCUAUCCACCCCUGAAAAAAAAUGAAGAAAAAAUUGAAACAGAUUAAUGGCAUAAGAAUAUUAAAAUUGCUAACAUGACAAAUAGAACAAAA